AUCUUCAAAUCUCUCUUUCACCCUCGUACUCUCUCUCUCCCGAACGGCUAGUUUCCAAAUCUCAUUACCCGAUUCUCCUCUCAGCGCCAAAUCUCAUUACCUGAAACUCUCUCUCUCUGUCUAUCUCCUCUAGAAACCCUAAUCCUAGCCAAGUCCUUAACAGUUUUUAUCAAUGUUAUCUUUCACUGUCACACAGGCACACCCCAUCAGUGGAACCCGUAACCUAUUUUUUUACUAAUUUUGCAGGAAUUUCUGACUGUAUUGCCCGAUCAUAGGAUCCCGAAAUUCGUCUUCAGGAAGCUGAGACGGUUUUGCUCGGAGACAAUCCCAACUGUCUAAAAACACGUUUUUCGACGGAUAUGGAUAUCAUGGAACAUCAUUUGAGCAAACGUACUGACAACCCAGCCUCAUUUGAGCACACACAAUCACUCUCAUUCUCAAGGUAUCUUUUCAUGGUUCUUUUGAACAACCCAGCCUGUAAUGACCAAAAGUUUCUCCUUAAGAUAAGAAAACCUGGUAUGACUUUACUGGCUUUCCAUAGAGCAAGGAUCUCAGCUAUUUCACUGCUAACGGUAGUUGGAUCUGAGAGUGCAAUCAAGUAUUGA